AGUCGACAUAAAGUCAUAUUACUCCGUAGAUGAACUAGAGAAAGUGUCACAUGUUCCAUGUAAACCUCACGGAGAUAAAGCCAUCAAAUCUCGGAGUUAUUUCCGAGCUCCGCAACUCCAAUUAAGCUUAGUUUCAAUCAAUUAAAUCAUUGAAUCAACUUGACUAUCUGCCUUAACAACUUACACACAACAACAAUAGCAACAAGCACACACACCAAUUGAGGCCAGCCUCCAUAAUGGACCCUCGUCAAAGCCAAGUUCACCUCAAACCACCACCACCCCAACACGUUCGUCCUUCAGCAUCAGGCUCAUCCUCACCAGCCCCGACUCCCCGCGCCCCCGUAACAGCACACCCUACGACAACAGUCGCAGACACAGUCAUCCUCCACGGCACGCAUCCAAUCUCAAUAGGUGCAGGAACGAUAGUCCAUCCCCGUGCCAAAUUUUACUCUUACGAAGGACCCAUCGUCAUCGGCGAGAACUGUAUCAUCAGUGAGAAAAGCACCAUCGGCGCCGCGCCCACUCAGCCUCCCUCGCUUCUCAGAGAAUCGCGCACACCAGACGGAUUGCCCAUCCGUAUAUCCUCUUGUGUUACCGUUGGGCCGCUAGCCACGAUCUUACCUGGGGCACAUAUUCGCUCUGCUGUUACAGUUGAAGCACUCGCGACCGUCCAUCGGCGCGUGUCGAUAGGCGCACAUUCGAAGAUCUGCUCGGGGUGUGAGGUUUCGGACAAUGUGAAGAUAAGAGAUUGGACUGUUGUGUGGGGGUCUGGAGCUGGCUUUGGACAGAGAAGACGCACCCGCGCGACGGAGAAAAUGAGUUCGGCAACGGCUGCAACACAGGGGAUCCAGGCGUUAGAAGGGAGAGUGAUCGAGGAUGCGAGACUGAUGGUAUUGCAGAAAGAGAGAGAGGCUCUUGUUAGGCUUAUUGGACCCGGCGGGGGUGGAAGGAGAAGGUGAAUCUGGUGGCGUAUGCAGGCUCAAGGCAUGCAUAUAAUCUGUUUCUUUUCUGCUUUUUCUUUUACCCCUCAAAUGCGCUUUAUACCCUGAUAGACUCUAAUGAAAUAUGGUUUCUUGGCUAUAGAAGAGGAUUGCUAUGCGUAAUUAUUCAGUCGCUAGAAGACAUAGACUGUACACUAUAUCUAUUCGCCGAAUCAUGUAGUCA